UGUUUCUUGUUUUUCGUCGUCAAUUCAUUUAUCGUGUUUAUUACGAAUUCGAAAUAAUUAAAAUUGCUGUUUUCAUCAUCUUUUCUUGUGACCUGUUAAAUCUUAAUUAUCACACACGGGCUUAAUUUGCCCUAAAAGUCAUAGUUUAUCAGGUUUUGCAAUCAAACUUGAACUUGCCUUUUGUAGUUUCAGUUACAAGAAUAUUAUAUAUUAGAUCUUAAUAAUGGCUGGUGAAGAGGAUGACAGUACAUGGUUGAUCGAAUUGGAGUCUGCUUUGCUGGAUGGCUGCUCAGCUCAACAAAUCAAUCUUUUAACCAAAGGCAAAAAGAUACCAGAGAGUUUACGUCCUGAUGUAUGGCUUCUUUGUCUAAAUUGUCAAGAUACUGGUAACCAAUUACUGUUGUUUGAUGAAAUAUUUGACCUAACAAACCAAAAUGAGCUUAGAGAUGAUGUGAAAAAGUUUGUAAAACGACUGGGAAAUGAUGAAGAUGACAAGUUGUCAGUGAUAUCGGAUAUCGAAUCAAUAAUCACAUUCUACUGUAAAUCUAAAUCUAUUUCCUACAGCUCAAAUAAUGGCUGGAUUGAGAUUUUAUUACCUCUUCUGAGUUUGAAGCUACCACAAUCCGACACAUACAACUUAUUUGAAAGGAUACUAAAAUUGUACAUUCCAAAAGGAUGCUUUAAAAAUGGUGUGCCAUUCCAUAUUCUACGUUUGAUACUGCAAUAUCAUGACCCAGAGUUGUGCUCCUUUUUAGAUACUAAACGUAUAACUCCAGAGUUAUAUUGCCUGCCUUGGUUAAGGUCUCUCUUUGCUGGCACUUGUAAUUUAGAAGUUGUGCUCUUUAUGUGGGAUUUGUACUUUCAAAGGUCAGACCCAUUUUUCAUCUUUUUCCUUUGUUUAAUUAUGAUAAUCAACGCUCGGGAACAGUUGCUGCAAAUGAAAAAUGAAGAUAAAUCUGAUAUCAUUGCCUCUCUAAAAAAUAUGCCUGCUGACUUAGAAGCAAAUGAUGUUUCAGAUUUUUGUUCUUUGGCUCAUUACUAUUCAUUAAAAACCCCAUUAUCUUUUCGGGAUGAUGUGUUGGAAGUCUUGUUUUCUGAGACAGGUGUAGAAAUAAAUUCUAAGUUAUAUUCUCAAGCUUUGUGUCUUCCAGUUGCUGUCCAUGAGUUAAUUGAGAGUGCCACUGUAGAUGCUUCAGAUUUAGAUAGUGUUAAAUUUUUUUUGGUGGACUGUCGACCUGCAGAUCAGUACAAUUCUGGUCAUUUGUCAACUGCCUUUCACUUGGAUUGUAAUUUGAUGUUACAAGAGCCAAAUGCUUUCAAUACGGCAGUCCAAGGUUUAUUGAAUGCUCAAAGGCAGGCUUUGGCUGCAGGAUCGCUAGCAGCUGGUGAGCACCUAUGUUUUGUGGGUUCUGGUAGGUCUGAGGAAGAUAGCUAUGCACACAUGGUUGUAGCUUCUUUCUUGAAACGAAAUACCAAACAUGUGUCCAUGCUUGAUGGCGGUUUUGUAGCAAUACAUGACUACUUUGGGCCUCAUAUGACUGACUGUUUGGAGGAGCACAACCCUUCCACGUGUUUGGUUUGUGCCCCCAACAAUAAUAACGAAGGUCUCGAAGUUCGCCACACAAAGGUCAGAGAUAAUAUUCCAGCUAUUCAAUUGUUUGGCAAAUUGUCUACUGCUAUGAAAGCAAAGAGUCAAGAAGUCAAAGGUAAAUUGAUUGAAUACAUUGUCAAUCCAAAUUCUACCGUUAAUAACGGCGAAUGGCACGUGUCUGCUAACGACAAAAAGGAACAGAGGUACAGAAAUGUUCCUCCAGUGUUCAGUAUAAACGACGAAGAUGAUGAUUCACGACCCGAUAGUAGAAAAGACUUGGACAGUGAGUCUCUAGAAGAGAUUGUGGAGGUUCAUUCUUAUCUAAAAGAACACAAUGUUGUUGAUAGCUUUGCUUGUCAAGAAGUAUUAGUAAACGGUUACAUGCUCGACUCUCAUUUGAUCGUCACGGAGACGCAUUUGGUAGUGUUGCGUGACAUUCCUAACAAAAAGGGAACUGCAAAAGUAAUGUCAAGAAGGCCAUUAUCGACUAUUGUUAAAAUUACAGCUAAAAAGAGGCAUCCAGAGUUAAUAACUUUCAAAUAUGGCAUUCCAGAUGGAGACAACCUUUUGAUCAAGGAUAUGGAUCGUUUUCUUAUUCCCAACGCGUCUAUUGCUACAAAAGUAGUUUCUAAUCAAAUAGUGCAACAGUUAGAUAACAAGUUGCAAUAGUAUUUAGUCAGUAAAAACAGUUUUCAGUCAUUACAAUAAUUUAAAACCUCUUGAAAUGACAGUCGUUUCGCUCGAAAAUUAGGCUCCAAAAGUAGACGACCUUAGAAUGAAAAGGAAAUUGUAUGGAGAGAGCUAUGUCUAUUAAUUAAAUGAGUUU